UGGCGUCCCAGUCGUGACUCGCUCCGCCCGUGUUUCAGGCGUACCUCCCAGUGGCAUAGUCCUAGUCCCCGAACUCACUACGGAAUUAAUUGGACACCGCCUCCUUUUCAGCCCCGCCGGGCUCAAGCACCAGUACUACUGCUAUUACAACAAGCCGCCUCUACCACGGCUAGAGCAGUAAACAUGGGCGCGAGCUGAACAUGUAUGGUUUGUUGGUUGAAAGCCUUGGGGGAGGAAGUUCUGGAAGGAAACCGCAGCAGCAAGGAGAUGAGUCCCAUUAGUGUAGGACUUUUUACUGGGGAUUAAGAAGCAGGCACACUUGGUGACGAAGGGAGACUGCCAGGUGAAAACAUGGCUGGACUUAUCAAAAAGCAGAUUCUGAAACAUCUGUCCAGAUUUACCAAAGGUCUGUCUCCUGACAAGAUCAACCUGAGCACACUGAAAGGGGAAGGUCAGCUGACCAACUUGGAACUAGAUGAAGAGGUACUUCAGAACAUGUUGGAUCUCCCAACAUGGCUUGCCAUUAACAGAGUGUCCUGUAACAAAGCUUCCAUCAGGAUACCGUGGACAAAGCUAAAGACUCAGCCUAUUAGUCUGAGCUUGGAUAAAGUAGAAAUGGAAAUGUGUACAUGUGAGGAACCUCGUCCACCUAAUGGUCCAUCCCCCAUUGCAUCUGGAUCAGGCCAAAGUGAAUAUGGUUUUGCUGAAAAAGUGGUGGAAGGGAUUUCUCUUUCUGUAAAUUCAAUUACAAUCCGAAUCAAAGCAAAAGCCUUCAAUGCUUCCUUUGUACUUUCCCAGUUGAGAGUGUUCAGUGUUAAUACUAGCUGGCAGCUAAGUGACUUGAGAUUUACUCGUAUACAAGAUGUGCAGCGUGGAGAGGUUUUGACAUUCAAAGAAAUUAAUUGGCAGAUUAUCAGAAUUGAGGCAGAUGCAAUUCAGAGUGGAGACCAUGAGAUUGUAAGUGCACCAGUUCGACUAAUCACCAACCAGUCAAAAAUCAGGGUCACGCUUAAGAGGAGGCUGAAGGACUGUAACGUGGUUGCAUCAAAGCUGGUCUUAAUUCUGGAUGAUUUGUUGUGGGUGUUGACGGAUUCACAGUUAAAAGCUAUGGUCCAGUUUGCAAAAUCCUUAAGUGAAGUCAUGGAAAAAUCAGCCCAGCAGAGGAAAAGUAUGGCUUCAGAACCCACACAGAGUUCAACCACAACAACAAGCUCUCAGCAGGUUAAGGCUCCACAGAGUACAGCACCAUCUGACCAAAAUGAUGCCAUUGUAAAAAUGUUCAAUGCUUUUGAUGUAAAGGAGACAUCUCAUCACUUAAUCAUUACUCAUCUGGAUCUGCAUAUAUGUGAUGAUAUUCAUGUUAAAGAUCGAGGAAUUAAUAAGCGCAUUAUUGGAGGAGCCAUGCAGUUGUCUUUUAGCCAACUUACCGUGGACUACUAUCCAUUACACAUUGCAGGAGAAAGCUGUGAUCACUGGAUGCAUUACAGCGAGGCAACUAAAUCCAGGUCAAGUUGGGCCAAAGAGUUAAUAGAUGAGUAUAAAUCAAAUGUGGAAAUGUUAAAGCAUGCUGUCAAAGAUCACUGUGCUACAUCAAUGUCCUCUCCUCAGCAUGGUUCAUCUCAGCUGAUAUUUACAGGAAAAGAUCAAACAUUCAGACCACCACUUCCUCCUCCUCCAGUUCAUCCGCCAAAGACAAAACUGAUGUCCAGUUCUUUUGUGAUUAGGCUUGCUGACUUUAACAUCUAUCAGGUCUCCACUGCUGAACAACGCAGAUCAUCUCCCAAAACCAUGAUUUCGUGCAACAAGAAGUCUCUCUAUUUGCCACAGGAAAUGGCUGCUAUCCAUAUAGAAUUCACAGAAUACUACUUUCCUGAUGGCAAGAAUUAUCCCAUACCAUGUCCUAACAUUUAUGUCCAGCUGAAUACACUCCAGUUUGUUCUGGAUUCGAGGAGCAUACUGUGGUUAAAUCAGUUUGUGCUGGAUCUUACCCAAAGUGUGGAGCAGUUUAUGGCCUUGUACAAGCUAAACGACAUUUCAAAAAAGGAUGAACAUCUUGACAUAAGAAUGGAUGGACUGAUGCUAAAGUUGAUCAUUCCUAUGGAGAAGGAGCUUGACAGCCAUCAAGAUAUACCACAGUCGCUCUCAAUUCAGACUUCAGAAAUGAUAGCUACUAACACCAGGCAUGCACCAAACUGCAGGCGGUCAGAUUUGGAGGCUUUGUUUCAGGAGUUUAAAGAAUGUGAAUUCUUCAGUAAAGACUACACAAGCUUUCCAAAGUGUAGUGGGGGGUUCAACCUAUUGCAUACAGUGUUCCAGAGACAUGCACAUGAGCAAGACACUAAAAUGCAUGAUGUAUAUAGAGGUCAUGUUGCUCCUGAGUUAAGCACAUGUGCUUUAAAAAGUUCUGCUUCUACAGAUGUCUGGGCUGUGCAUUUUGCACAGUUUUGGGUGGAUUAUGAAGGAAUGAAAAGUGGGAAAGGAAGACCUGUAGGCUGUUUGGAUUCUUUUCCUUUGUCUCUAUGGAUCUGUCAACCAGCAAAGUUUUUGCAUGCGAAACAGCUAUUAAAACAUCAUUGCAACAUUCCAAAGAGUGAGUCAGCAGACUUAGCAAACCGAUUUCAACGCAAAAAGCUUCUAAGGGAUUAUUACAGUACUGAUUCAGAACCCAUGACCAAUGAACUUCAAAAAUGUCCUUCUCUUGAUAGUUCUUUGGUAGAGUGCAGUCCUUCUGAUGCAGAUAUUCAUAUCCUUGUGCAUAUUCAGAAACAUGUAGGCAUGCAGAUUAAUCAUUAUCAGUACCUUUUUAUGCUGCAUCUCCAAGAGUCAUUAAAAUCUCUUCUAAUGAAUCUUGAAAAUGAUAUGGAAGAAGUGACGGGGAAACCUGCGGAACACACCAGUCUCUGUGUUGGUAUCUUAGUAAAAAGUGCAGAAGUUGCCCUUUUCCUUCACCCAGUCCCUAAAGCAGACUCUGACAAUAAGUCCUUACUUUCUGAGAAUGAAAGCCCAGUAGCUUCUGAUCUUUCACAUUCUGAGGGUGGAGAUGCUACAGUGACUGUUGAUGCAGUGCCGCAUAGCAGUAUUUCAGAAAAUUGUGUUAAUGACAAGACUUCAAAAUUAAAACUAGCUACAGCUACUUCUACUGACUCUGUUUUAUCUAAGGUAGUCAGUAAAUCCAGUUUACAGAAGUCAUCUUUGUAUGAUGACGAUUUAAGAAAUUCACUUGAAAAAGAUGAACAUGUUAAUAGGACUGGGUCAGAUAACAUUUCAGAGAUCUCUCUCGGCCAGCAAAGCAGUAUUUCUGAUCAUGCUGACACUUUCUACACUUUGACUGCUGAUGUGAAUGAGCAACAUAAGGCCGUUGUUGAUGCUGGUAGAGAGAGAGUGCAGGAAAUGACUGGCACCUUAAUAAAUGACACUUUAAGCAGCACUUCAUUAAGUGAACCCUCAGACUUCAAAUGUGAUUCAGCCAUACAUUCCAUAGAGUCUGAUACUGUCAGCUUGAAAGAAUUUGCACCUUCAACACUAAUGGACAUUUCUCAGUCUCUUGUAAGUAGUGGAAAGCUAAGGGACCGCUCCCAGUCUGCUGUGCCUAGUGUUACGGUUUCAUACAAGAACAUGAAGAAAAGCUCAUCACAACUGUCACUUGACUCAAUCUCAAUCGAUAGUAGCAUUUUAGAGGAUCAUCUGCUGGAUAGUGAUGGGAGUGAUAGCAUUCAGUUCUUUGAGAAAGAUGUAGUUAUUGAAGAAUCUCUGACUCUGAAUCAUCGAAACCCGGCUGAAUGUAUAGAUGAAGCAUUAAUAAAUGGUGGACCAUCUCCAGAUGCCAUUAGUGCUGCUUCUGAAAGUAUACAGGAGACUGUUAAGGAAGAGAUGUCAGUGAUGGUGUUAAACAUAUUUGGCGUUAAUUGUGCUAUUGACAUCAGAGGAGAUGAUUUAGCAGCCUGUGUUCAGGUGAACCAGUUGGUCCCAAGCCAGUUAGGAAAUGUGAACACUAGGCAAUACCUCAGCAGCCGUAGCUUAGCAUCAGUCUCAGAUGAGAAGUCACGAGUGAAGCAUGAUAAACAUUUACCUGAGCUGCGGUUACGUUUUGAAAGUGGUCCAAAAGCUGCAGUCCACUCUUCUUUGGCUGCUACAAAUGGCUUCUUGCACUGCAAAGUUGAAAGCUUCAACUCAGAAUUUCUUGCAUCUUCUUUAGCAAAUCUUGGUCAGUUUCUUAAAGAAGAGGAUUCCGUUUCAAAAGUGGUACCUAUGAGGGUUGAAAUUUCUGAUACCCAAAUAAAUUUAAAAGAUGAUAGCCCACGUGAUAACCAGUCUUUGUCUCAGCCAGAACCUGUGGAUCUACAUCUUCAUCACCUUGUAAUACAGAGAACUGAUGAUGGAUCAUUCCAUAUUUUAGGUGAACCAAUACUUAAUCAUGCCAUGAAGGAUUUAGAGGGAGGUAUGAAGCAAGAACAUGCAUCUUCCAUUGCAGCUAACAAACCAAAAGAAGUGACCCUUUCUUCACAGUCUACACAGACAGGAGAAGAUGUGCCUGACAUAGAAAAAAUGCAGCUUCUGGAAGAAAAUGAAUGUCUGAAAGUGGAAUUAGCAAAAUGCAAGACUGCUCUUGCUGAGGCCAAAACAGAAAAGGAGAAUUUAGUUCAAAAGUUAAAGACAAUGACCCACAGACAUUAACAGUGGCUACCCUUGCAUUUUAAAGGCAUUAUCAAUGACAUAAUUUUGUUGAUGAGCAUAGAACAAAUCUUUUCUUGUACUUUGGAGUUCUGCAAAUAAUAUGUAUGAAAUAUUGAAAAGAAAGAAACUGCGAAGCCUCCCUAAUUUUUGAUUGAUUUAAGUCAAGAAAUCCAGUUCAACUUGUUAAAUAAAUACAAUGGCACAGCCUGUUAGAAACAGUAAUUUUGAAUAUAGUAAGAAUUUAUUUUUGUGUGAAUGUGUAUAAAUAAAUCUGUGCAAUUGGGACUAGCAGACUAAAUGAAAGAAAAAGUUUAACUUCAACACAAGCCUAUCAGACAAGUUAUAAAAAUUAUUGCUGUCUUUGGAAAGUCAUAAGUAUUUUGUUUUCAUAUUAUUUCUAGAGAAAUCUUGUGUAGGUUAAUUUGCACUAUAAUAAAAUGUAAAAAUAUAUGAAAAUAUAUUUAAAGAAUGUAUAAUUAUCUUACAUUUGUACAGAAUUGUAAACAAGUUGGUGCUUCAUGGCAGAGAUUUGAUUUUAUAUUUAAUCAGCACAGCCUACAGUUUCUCAUUUUUUCAUACUUUCACAAUCUUUAGUAUUGUUAUCUGAAUUUCACAGCCAUAGGAAGUAAUAUGUAUAUUUAAAGGCAUUCUUUUCUUUACUAAUUUUUUUCAAAUACACUUUUAAACAAUUUGUAUUUUAAUGCAUGUAAGAAUAAAUUAAUGCAUUUUACUACUUUUA